AAUUGCAAGCAGGAGGAGCAAGCACUUGAAAGUAUAUACACAUAGAUAGAUACAUCAUCGGACUGAUCUAAACCUAGAAUUGGAAAAGAAGCAGCGCUAGCAGGCAUUACAAAUUGUUUAGUAUCUGUGUGUGUAUUGUAAUUUGAAUAUGAUGUAUUCAGCGGGGAAGAGAAAGAAGAAACAAAAGGGAGGCGGAGGCGGAGGUGGAGAAAUGAAUAAUAAGAAUAAGAAGAAUGAUGUUAACAUUGCAGAAGCUACUCGAAUUAAGAUACAGACUUUACUUGAGGACUUCCGUACAUCUAAUCACAAAGCAUACACAUUUGAGGCUAAUCUUACAAAUUUAGAGCGUGCUGCGGUCCAUAUAUUGUGCAGGAAAAUGGGAUUGAGGUCCAAAAGCUCGGGGCGUGGUGAUCAACGGCGUGUUUCUGUUUUCAAGAAUAAAGUAAAAUCGGGUACAAUGAAAAAGGAAAAACUGCCUUGCUUUACGUUUUCAGAAGAGUCACAGCUGGUGUUACAGGAUCUAUUUAGUAGGUAUCCACCGGAUGAUCAUGAUAUCGGUGAAGAAAAGGUCAAACUUGGUGGAAACACUGAGAAAUUGAAACGGAAAAAGGAUGAUAUAUUUUGCAGACCUGAUUUGAGCAAGGCCGAUAUAAAAAAGAAGGCAGAAUCACUUGCAUCUAGAGUGAAUAGCGUCUCCACACUAAAACAGAUCACUGAGAAGAGAUCAAAGCUUCCCAUUGCAGCCUUCAAAGAUGUCAUUACAUCGACAAUUGAUUCUCAUCAGGUAGUACUGAUAUCUGGUGAAACAGGAUGCGGAAAAACCACACAGGUCCCACAAUUUAUUUUGGAUCAUAUGUGGAGUAAGGGCGAGGCUUGUAAGAUAGUUUGCACUCAACCAAGGAGAAUAUCAGCAACAUCAGUUGCAGAAAGGAUUUCUUCUGAAAGAGGUGAAAAUAUAGGGGAAUGUGUUGGUUACAAGAUAAGGUUAGAAAGCAAAGGUGGGAGGCAUUCGUCUAUUGUAUUUUGCACUAAUGGGGUCCUGUUAAGGGUGCUCAUUGCUAAAGGCAGUGAUAGGUUGGAAAAAGUUUCUUUAAGAAGGGAGAAGGAUGACAUUUCUAACAUAACUCACAUUAUUGUGGAUGAAAUUCAUGAGCGUGACCGUUUCUCAGAUUUCAUGCUGGCAAUUAUUAGAGACAUGCUUCCAUCUUAUCCUAAUUUAAGGCUGGUGUUGAUGAGUGCUACACUUGAUGCUGAACGGUUUUCACAGUAUUUUGGUGGCUGUCCUAUCAUAAGAGUGCCUGGCUUCACUUAUCCUGUAAAAACUUUCUACCUAGAGGAUGUACUUUCUUUCCUAAAAUCAUCCGAAAAUAAUCACCUCGAUUCUACCUCAUUAUGUGCAACUGAUGACUUGGAGUCGGCUGAGGAACGUAAAGUAGCCAUAGAUGAAGCUAUUGAUUUGGCUUGGUCAAGUGACGAGUUUGUUCCUCUCCUUGAAUUAGUCUCUUGUGAAAGAGGUGCAAAUCUUCAGCAUUCAAUGACUGGAGUAACUGCGUUGAUGAUAUAUGCUGGAAAAGGCAGAGUGGGCGACCUUAGCAUGCUCCUCUCAUUUGGUGCGGACUGCCAUUUACGAGACAAUGAUGGAAGAACAGCACUUGAGUGGGCUGAACAAUGGAAUCAGGACGAAGCUGCUGAAAUUUUGAAAAAGCACAUUGAAGAGGGCAUUAAUAACUCAAAGGAAGAAAAUGAGUUACUUGACAAAUAUUUUUCGAAAGCCAAUUCGGAACUAAUUGAUGUUGUCCUCAUAGAGAAAUUGUUGAGAAAAAUAUGUAGCGACUCAGCAGAUGGAGCAAUCCUUGUUUUUCUCCCAGGGUGGGAUGAUAUAAAGAAAACAAAAGAGAUACUAGAGACUAGCAAUUUUUUCAAGGAUUCGUAUAAGUUUAUCAUAUUAGCACUUCAUUCUAUGGUCCCUUCGAUGGAGCAAAAGAAGGUUUUCAACAGGCCACCUCCAGGCUGCCGAAAGAUCAUUCUUUCAACCAAUAUUGCUGAAACAGCUAUCACCAUUGAUGAUGUUGUUUAUGUUUUAGACUGUGGUCGGAUGAAAGAGAAAAGCUAUGACCCGUAUAAUAAUGUAUCAACUCUUCAUUCUUCUUGGAUUUCAAAAGCCAGUGCAAAGCAACGUGAGGGACGUGCAGGACGUUGUCAGCCUGGUAUCUGCUAUCAUCUUUAUUCAAAACUUCGAGCAGCUUCACUACCAGCUUUUCAAGUUCCUGAAAUAAAGCGAAUGCCAAUUGAGGAACUUUGUUUACAGGUAAAGCUUCUGGAUCCACAAUGCAAAAUAGAUGAAUUUUUGAAGAAGACAUUGGAUCCUCCUGUUUUUGAAAGCAUGCGUAAUGCAAUUAUUGUUCUCCAAGAUAUUGGGGCCUUGACACCUGAUGAGAAACUUACUGAGCUUGGGGAGAAAUUAGGUUCUCUACCAGUGCAUCCCCUAACAAGCAAGAUGCUCUUUUUGGCCAUAUUAUUGAACUGCCUUGAUCCUGCCUUGACUUUAGCUUGUGCCUCAGAUUACAGAGAUCCGUUUACACUUCCCAUGUCACCUUAUGAUAAGAAAAAAGCCGCGGCCGCUAAACAAGAGCUGGCAUCUUUAUAUGGUGGACAUAGUGAUCAGCUAGCACUAAUAGCUGCAUUUGAGUGCUGGAAGAAGGCUAAGGAAAGGGGUCAAGAAGCAAGGUUCUGUUCUAAUUACUAUGUGUCUUCUGGCACCAUGAAUAUGCUCUUUGGAAUGCGUAAGCAACUUCAGUCAGAGUUGCACCGGAAUGGGUUUAUUCCAGAAGAUGUUUCUCAUUGUAGCCUCAAUGCACAUGACCCUGGUAUACUUGAUGCUGUUCUUUUUGCUGGUUUAUAUCCAAUGGUUGGGAAACUGCUUCCCCAAAAAGGAAGGCGCGCUAUUGUAGAGACUUCCGGAGGGGAGAAGGUUCGACUCCACCCUCAUUCAACAAACUUUAAGUUAUCAACAAGAAAUUUGGAUGACCAGCCAUUACUCAUAUUUGAUGAAGUGACCCGUGGAGAUGGCGGCUUGCAUAUUAGGAACUGCAGUGUUAUUGGGCCACUUCCGUUGCUAUUGCUAGCAACAGAGAUUGUAGUAGCUCCUAGUAAGGAGGAUGAUGAAGAGGAUGAUGAUAAUGAUGAUGAUGAUGAUGAUGAGGGGAGUGAAUCUGAAGACGCUGAUCUGGACGACGUUGAUGAUCAUAUAGCAGAGAAGCAUAGCAAGUUGGAAAUAGAAGGUGAAAAAAUGAUGUCCUCUCCCGACAAUACAGUUAAAUUGGUUGUUGAUCGGUGGCUCGCUUUCGAGACAACUGCUCUUGAUGUUGCUCAAAUAUACUGUUUGAGGGAGAGACUAUCUGCAGCAACCUUGUUCAAGGUGAGGGAGCCACGUAAAACACUUCCUGAAAACUUUAGCGCCUCCAUAUAUGCAAUAUCUAGUGUUCUAUCUUAUGAUGGACGCUCAGGGAUCUCAGAAACACUGGAUUCUGUAGACAAACUAACUUAUAUGGUGAGUGCAACCGAAUUUGGCCAAGCAGAACAUGGCACAAACAGUAAGAUUCAUCAGCCAAACAAUUUUCUGAAUUCACUUAUUCGCCCACACGACAACUCUGCACAUUAUUACAAUGGCAAGGGAUCUGGUUCUAGAGGGGUGGCCAAUAGAAAUGGGCAGUUAAAUUAUCACAUUCGGCAACCACCUCCUUCAGGAUCAACAAAUCAUUAUAGAGGCAGGGCUCCCCAAAACUUUAGUCGACCUGCUUCUGAGACGGGAGUGCAGGGUGAAAUCGGUCCUGGUGGGGAUUCCUUAAAGCGACGUCAUCGCACUUACAGAAAUUAAGUAUAUAUAGAAAAUAUUUGGAACUGAUUGUAAAUUAAUACAAAUGUUUGGAAUACCCAUCUUCAUCUGCAUAAUCUCAUACAUGAAGUUGAAGGGAAUUAAAUUCUUCAAUUGCAUUAAUACCUCUACAAUGCUGAUAAUUUAGCUGCUACUAGUAUCCUUAACUAUAGAAAAAGGUUAUCUUAUA